AUGGCCAAAGAGACGGCACAAGAACCAAUGAUUCUAAUAGCUAAGGUUAUGCCCCAACAGGCUGAGGGGAUUCCCGAGAAAAGGAUCCUCACAGAAGAAGAGGGGCUAGAAUACCUGGCUGAUAUACACCGCCUUACCCACCUAGGGCCCAAGAAGAUGACAGAACUGGUCAAUAAGUCUCCCUAUCACAUCCCCAGACUACCAAAGACAGCAGAGGAUCUGCCUCCGGAUCCACCACCCCCUCCCCCAAGCCAGAAGGAGUUCUGUGAGUCCCGUGUGAGGGCUGCUGCCCUGGAUCUUGCCCGUUGUUUUCACCUCUACCUGGCCCCCCACCCGCAAUAUGCAGAGCCUGGAGCAGAGGCUGCCUUUUGGGGCAGUUUUGCUGAGCUCUCCCUGCAGCACUUCAAAGACGAGGUGGCCUGGGCCUCAGGUUCACUCUCUCUGCCUGUCUUGGCCCCAUUGAGGCCUGGUGUGGAAAGGCCACCACCACAUGACCUUGAGACCUGCAUGGUGGGUAGGCCCCUGGUAGUGUUGGGCCCUUCUCGAUCUUCUGAGGACCUGGCUGGCCCACCUCCUUCUUUCUCCCUUCGUUCGGUGGGUCACUCAGUCAGAGGUUCUGUACGAGGCAUCCUGCAGUGGCUGGGGGUCGUUAACUCUCCCUCACCAGCUGGGUCUCUGGAGACCACAUCUGCUCCUCCAGUUUUAGGUGGAAACAGCAACUCCAACUCCUCUGGUGGUGCAGGAAUAGUUGGUAGGACAUUGGCUAGUGAUGGCGCCUCCCCUGGGGAAAGAUGGACUCAAUGCUUUGAGAGGCUCAGACUAAGUCAUGGAAGGGGAACCUUAAAGGGCAGAGCAGGCAUAGUACAGAGGGAAGAGCCACUGAAUUAAGGGCCUGAAGAGGCUGCCCCUGACCCAGCAGGAGUGGGUCGUGGAGGAGGGGCAGCUGGGCUGACCUCAGGGGCAGGAGGGCAGCCUCAGCAGCAGAAGUGUCGCUUCCUAAGCCCAGGACCCUGCCCUGCUAUCAGCUCCCAUCCCAUGACCCUUCCCUUGGCCCCUGGGACCUCCUUUCUCACAGAGGAUAACACAGACAGCCUGGGGUUGCCCUGCCUGAUUCAUCCAGAGAGUCUGCCCAGCCAGGAUCUGCUGCUGGGACCCAGUGAGAGAGAUGACCACCUGCCGCAGGGAGCUUAUGGGGACCUCUCUGACGACGGGCCAUCAGCGCCUUUCUCCCCUAUCUCUGCCUCCAUUGCUGCCUCCCAUUUUGACUCAAUGGAACUGCUUCCUCCAGAAUUGCCCCCUCGCAUUCCUAUUGAGGAGGGGUCCCCAGCAGGGACAGUUCAUCCCCUCUCAUCCCCCUCCCCUCCCCUGGAUACCCUGGAAGCAGCCACAGGGUCAUUCCUGUUCCAGGGGGAGUCAGAGGGAGGUGAGGGGCAUCAGCCCCUCUCAGGCUAUCCUUGGUUCCACGGCAUGCUCUCUCAACUCAAGGCUGCCCAGUUAGUGCUGGAAGGAGACAUUGGCUCACAUGGUAUUUUCUUGAUCCGUCAGAGCGAGAUAAGACAUGGUGAAUAUGCCCUCACUUUCAACUUCCAGGGCAGGGCCAAGCACCUACGCUUGUCACUGAAUGGGAAGGGUCAAUGCUGGGCCAGACAUCUGUGGUUCCAGUCCAUUUUCCAUAUGUUUGAGCACUUCCGGGUACACCCCAUCCUUCUGGAGCCUGGAGGCUCCAGUGAUGUUGUCCUUCUAUGUGCCCUCCCAUGGCAGCAGGGCGGGGAGAGGGCUGGGAGCCAUACAGGGAUGUGCGAGGGCGACUGAUGCUACCCCAGUGCCUCCUCCACCUUCCUGCCCUUCGGAGCAAGUGACUGUGUCUAUUGCUAG